UCCAAAGUAUUUACGAAAUAUUUAGUGGCGAAAAAUAGUUACUGUAGUGUAAAGUAACUGUAAUGUAAAGUAACGUCACUGGCUGUAACGCAAUCUCCAUGACAACGUUAUAAUGUCAUAUACUUCAAAAAAUCUCAAGAGACAGAGCUUACUUCUACCGAGAAUGUGUGGUAAUUGGGAACGACAUCGUAAUUAAUCCUUUGGGUUUCAUUGCAAUGGGGCAAAAGAAUUGCAAGUUAAAGCCUGAAUUGGUCAACGAGCUGGUUCGCAAAACCUAUUUCACCGAGAAGGAAUUGCAGCAAUGGUAUAAAGGUUUCCUCAAAGACUGUCCUUCGGGCAACCUUAAUGAACUCGAGUUCCAGAAGAUUUACAAACAGUUCUUUCCAUUUGGCGAUCCAUCCAAGUUUGCCUCUUUUGUUUUCAACGUGUUCGACGAAAAUAAGGAUGGGACUAUUGAAUUUAGAGAGUUCAUCUGUGCCCUGUCAGUAACAUCAAGAGGAAGUAUUGAUGAAAAACUGCAGUGGGCUUUUAAGCUGUAUGACUUGGAUGACGAUGGCUAUAUAACGAAACAGGAAAUGCUUCACAUAGUGGAUUCAAUUUACAAAAUGGUGGCCAGCAUGGUAAAGUUACCAGAGGAUGAAGACACUCCAGAAAAGAGAGUGAAUAGAAUUUUCAAUCAAAUGGAUACUAAUGCUGAUGGCAGGUUGUCAAUGGAGGAAUUUCGUGAGGGCUCCAAGUCUGAUCCAUCAAUUGUGCAGGCACUGUCACUGUAUGACGGACUGGUCUAAAGUGUUCAUACCUGAACCAUGCCCUCUUGUAAUUUCCCAUGUUAACCUUACAUGCAAAUGCACUUCACACAUCAAGCCUGUGGUCUUGGCUCACCUGGAUGACAAACAAUGACAAUUUAUGUUUUUCUCAACAUUAAUUGCCUUUUCAUGUGGUGUAUAAAGUGCACUGAAUAUGUCCAUCGGCACAGCUUUGGUGGGACUUAUCCCCAAGCACAUGUAUUGAUUUAGAUACAUGUAUAUAUGGAUACUGAUUGAGCAAACCCUGAGUAGGUUAACCAAGAAGAUUUACCGCAAUAGGUCACUUAUGAUCCUGAGCAUGAAGCAUAUGGAUGGAUAGUGGUGUAUGGCUACACCUUCUCAGCUAAAUUUUCCUCCAUCACUAGUAUUCAACCAGCUAGUUGUCAAGUUUCCUCAACAGUUUGCUGCCAGCUAACUAUUUGUUUGACCUAAUUUCUGUUCUGCACCACCAAAAGUAUGGUACAUUGAACUGAGGUUGCAAGUUUGUAUAAUAAGUACAUGAGCACAGUACUGUUUGGUGAAUAGUUAAUAAAUAAAUACACAUGUGGUAACUGUCCAAAUUUGAAAAUAGUCAAAGAUUGCUUUUGUUAAUGAGUGACAGCAUAGCACAUAGGACAUAGUUGAUUUUUGCAAAUGCUGUAUGGUAAUUUAGUCAUUCACUCCAGUUGAGGAAACACAGGGUUUUCCGUCCCACCUAUUCAACUAAAGUAGGUGGGGCUAUUAACAGAGUUGUGUAACCACAGUUCAUGGUUCUCUAUUACAAAAUGUAGAAGCAAGAGAGAAGUGUUAAAGAAUAGCAGAAUAUUCUCCAUGUCUGAGUAAAAAAAAAAAAAACCACAGAUCAUCUAAAUUAAGCCAAAGAAUUCUGUGCAGAAGCUGGAGAGUUCUUCAAUCUCUGUUCCGAAAUAAACACCACAUGUAACUGUAUACAGUCACAAGGUACAUGUAAGUUACUAGGAGCAUAACCAGCCACACCUCUGUUAUCAUUCACUGCUGUCCUGCCAACGUCAACAGUCCAGUGCACACUGUAACAUACUUAGAACUAGGGUUCUCAAUCUGCAUGCUUCAAAGUCACUGAAUUAGCCAUGAAUUUCACUUGUUGAGUAGAUUAUGAUCUAAUAUUGAUAAUAUAUUUUUGUACAGAUCUGUUACAAUCAUUAAAUUAAAUCAAUAGCCACAAAUAUA